AUGGCACCUCAGUCUGGCGCUCUCCUUCCACCGGAGGCCUCCGACGCGGUCCUCCGAAACGGCAUCCAUCACCUUGCGGAGCCGCUACAUGUGACCUUUAUCCAAAACAUCUAUGGAGCCAUGUGUAUCUCAGCAGGAGGUCUUCUCUCCGUCACGCUCGGAGCAGGCUUCGCCGGGAUCCAAGAGCAGAAUAAUCCUGGAAUCCAACGUCUAUUUCAGGGCGCCACCUUCCCUCUUGGCCUCGUGCUGGUCUAUCUCGUAGGAGCGGAGCUCUUCACCGGCUAUCCCAUGUGGUACACCAUGUGCCUCCUUGAGCGGAAGGGCAAGCCGCUACAAUACGUGAGAGGCGCCAUUGCGGCUUGGACUGGCAAUCUACUCGGAGCACUUCUCUUCAGCGCCUUGUUCACCAACGCCACCGAUGCAUUGGAGAAGCAGCCUUGGCACUCUGCCAUUGUUCAGCAGAUCACUGAAGACAUCGUCGACCUGCCAUGGCACGUCAUCUUCCUGCGAGCGAUCGGUUGCGGCUGGUUGACAACCAUUGCCAUGUAUCUCGGAACACAAAAUCAAGACGGCAUCUCCAAGGCACUGUGCUUGCACUUUCCGUUCAUGAUAUCUGCAAGCUCGAGAUUUCCUCAUAUCGUUGAGUAUAUGUAUCUAGCUACUACUGGAAUGCAGCUUGGUGCACCUCUGAGCAUCGUGGGUUUCAUCUGGAAAUGUUUGCUUCCGGUCACCCUGGGCAACAUUGUCGGUGGCGCAUUCUUCACAGGUGCAUAUCUAUGGUGGAUUCAUGUGUACAGCGGAAACCGAGACAAGUACGACGACGGAGAUCUGGACGGCAAUCUGUUGGAUGAGCAUGACUGA